GUGGAAGAAGGGUAGGCUCAGCUAUUUAACCUCACCGGGUACAGAACUUUACUCCAUUUGGAGAAGAGAAAGACAAACGUCUACAUCAUGUCCUACUACGAGCAUUUUGUGAUACCAGAAUCGGAUUAUGACUACAAUGACACGAUUUCCGGUUAUGGUUCUGGCUUGGGCGAUUUCGGCGCUGGAUUUGAGGAGCCAUGUGACCGUGAACUGCUGAGCCCCAGCGUGCAGCGUGUCUUCAUCCCGGUGGUGUACGGUUUCAUCUUCACCCUGGGGAUCACCGGGAAUGGCCUGGUGGUGUUUGUACUGGGCUGCCAGCGGAAGGCCCGCCUCAGCCUAACGGACCGCUACCGGCUGCACCUCUGCGCCGCCGACCUGCUCUUCGUGCUGGCGCUGCCCUUCUGGGCUGUGGACGCAGCACUAGGGGACUGGCGCUUUGGAGCAGUCACAUGUGUCGGCGUGCACGUCAUCUACACGGUGAACCUGUAUGGCAGCGUGCUGAUCCUGGCCUUCAUCAGUCUGGACCGCUACCUGGCCGUGGUCAAAGCCACGGACACCAGCACCACACACAUCCGGCAGCGGCUAGCUCACAGGUAUGUGUAUGCUGGUGCCUGGCUGCCGGCUGGUCUCCUCGCUUUCCCAGACAUGGUGUUCGCUCGGACCCAGGAGGCAGGGGAAGGGGAGAUGGUGUGUGCAAGGCUCUAUCCGCCAGAGAACGCCCCACUGUGGGUGUCCCUGUUUCACCUUCAGACGGUGCUGGUGGGGCUGGUGGUGCCGGGCCUGGUUCUACUGGUGUGUUACUGUGUGAUCGUGUCCAGGCUGACCCGCGGCCCUCUGGGAGGCCAGAGGCAGAAGAGGAGGGCGGUGCGGACCACUGUGGCUUUGGUUCUCUGUUUCUUCCUCUGCUGGCUGCCGUACUGCAUUGGCAUCACAGUGGAUGCUCUCCUCCGCUUGGAGCUGAUCCCGCGGGGCUGUACGUUGGAGUCAGGCCUGGGGUUGUGGUUAGCGGUGUCUGAGCCAAUGGCGUACGCCCAUUGCUGCUUGAACCCGCUGCUCUACGCCUUCCUGGGAGUGGGUUUCAAGAGUUCUGCUCGCCGCGCCCUCACACUUACACGCAUGUCCAGCCUGAAGAUUGUCCCGCGUAGACGAACAGGCGCCACGACAUCCACAACGACAGAGUCAGAGUCAUCUAGUCUGCACUCCAGCUAAGAAAGAUAUUAGCCUAUAGCCUAAUUGUGUGUGUGUGUGUGUGUGUGUGUGUGUGUGUGAGAGAGAGUAAGGAGAGUAAGACUGCUGGUCAGUUCUUUCUAAUGUCUUGAGAUUUUUUUUGUAAAUAUUUUUUGCUUUGCCAGCAUUCACUGUUGUUAUGGUAUGUAAGUAUGUAUGUAUGUAUGUAUGUAUGUAUGUAUGUAUGUAUGUAUGUAUGUAUGUAUGUAUGUAUGCUUUAAAAAAACUUCAAACAUGUUUGUAAUAAAAUGUCAAACAAAACCAUGA